CUCCGGUGAUUGAAAGUGAAAACCGCUAUAAAUGGUCGCCGCCCAUACACAAUUCAGCUUAGCUAAUCCCCUUCUUGCGUCUCCUGCUCUCACUCCUGUUCCAGUCUCUCUCUCUCUCUCUCUCUACAAGUAUCUUCAUCAUCAUCGAUAUCUUCGUGGUUAUGAAUACAAACACUUUCAUAUAAUUCACACACAUCGAUUGUCUACAAUACCUUAGGGUUUCGUUCGAUCGAUCGAGCAACCAUGUCUCUGAGACCGAGUGCUAGAACCGAAGUUCGUCGGAGCAAGUACAAGGUGGCCGUCGAUGCAGAGGAAGGUCGGCGAAGGAGAGAAGACAACAUGGUUGAGAUCCGAAAGAACAAAAGAGAAGAGAGUUUGCUUAAGAAGCGUCGUGAGGGCCUUCAAGCUCACCAAUUCCCAUCUACCAUCAACGUCUCUCAAAUCGACAAGAAGUUAGAAAGCCUUCCUGGCAUGAUUGCUGGGGUUUGGUCUGAAGAUAGCAGCUUACAGCUUGAAGCAACCACCCAAUUUCGAAAACUGCUUUCGAUAGAGCGCAAUCCUCCUAUCGAGGAGGUGAUACAAUCUGGUGUUGUUCCUCGCUUUGUUGAGUUUCUUGCCAGGGAUGACUAUCCACAACUUCAGUUUGAGGCGGCUUGGGCUCUCACAAACAUUGCAUCUGGAACAUCUGAGAACACAAAGGUUGUAAUCGAUCAUGGUGCUGUUCCAAUUUUUGUGAGACUUCUUGGUUCUCCAAGCGAUGAUGUUCGUGAACAGGCUGUUUGGGCAUUGGGAAAUAUUGCCGGUGACUCACCCAAAUGUCGUGAUCUUGUUCUCAACCAUGGAGCCUUGAUGCCGUUACUGGCACAAUUCAAUGAGCAUGCAAAACUUUCUAUGUUGAGAAAUGCAACAUGGACAUUGUCAAACUUUUGUAGGGGCAAGCCGCAACCUCAGUUUGAGCAGACAAAGCCUGCACUACCAGCUCUUGCACGUCUUAUACAUUCAAAUGAUGAAGAAGUCCUCACUGAUGCAUGCUGGGCGUUAUCAUAUCUUUCUGAUGGUACAAAUGACAAAAUUCAAGCUGUUAUUGAGGCUGUUGUCUGCCCCCGUCUUGUUGAGCUUUUGCUUCAUCCAUCGCCAUCAGUGCUUAUUCCUGCCCUGCGGACAGUUGGUAACAUUGUUACUGGGGAUGAUAUCCAAACUCAGGUUAUUUUAGAUCAUCAAGCUCUUCCUUGUAUGCUGAACCUUCUGACACACAAAAAUUACAAGAAGAGCGUCAAGAAGGAAGCUUGCUGGACCAUCUCAAACAUCACAGCUGGAAAUAGGGAUCAGAUACAGGCUGUAAUUGAGGCUGGUAUUGUUGCACCACUUGCCCAACUGCUUCAAAAUGCUGAGUUUGAGAUAAAGAAGGAGGCUGCUUGGGCGAUUUCAAAUGCUACAUCUGGUGGUACCCAUGAGCAAAUAAAGUUCUUGGUGGACCAGGGGUGUAUAAAGCCACUGUGUGAUCUCCUAGUUUGUCCUGACCCAAGAAUAGUCACGGUUUGCUUGGAAGGGCUUGAGAAUAUCCUGAAGGUUGGGGAAGUUGAAAAGAAUUUAGGUAAUUCAAGCAAUGUAAAUUUAUAUGCCCAGUUCAUUGAUGAAGCUGAAGGAUUAGAAAAGAUAGAAAAUCUGCAGAGUCAUGACAACAAUGAAAUAUAUGAGAAGGCAGUGAAGAUUCUUGAGACAUAUUGGUUGGAAGAUGAGGAUGAGCAGCUGCCACCAGCUGAUGCUUCUCAAUCCGGAUUCCAGUUUGGUGGGAAUGAACCUCCAGUUCCAUCUGGUGGAUUCAACUUCAGUUGAAGAUAUUCAGAUGGUGUUGGAAUGUAAGAAGUUCAGGUUUGGGCUGGUCGAACAUUUGUUUGAGGUCUUGUGGGUUGAGAGUCGUUUCAUUGUCUUAUGGUACUCUCUGGUGCAGAUUUAGGUAUGGGGUUGUAGAGAUGCUGGUCAAAUAUUGUUUGCGCCUUUACAGUGGUUGAUUGAAUAAGAAGACAGUUGCCUGAUAACCAUGAAGUGUAGAUGUUGAGCACCGUUUGGGAUCUCCUUCCCAUGGGGGAACUGCAUGAAUGGAGUCCUUAAUAUUAUUUUAUUUUAUUUUAUUUUUUUAUCCCUGCUGAGCUUGAAUGCAAGCUGUUAAAAAAAUGGUAAAUUGAAUGCCAGGGGUGGAGCAUACCUCUAUGGAAUCAUGGUUUAUAUAUAUAUAUAUACAUAUAUAUUGUUUGGUUUGUAGUUAAAAAGAGUAAAUAAAAAGAAAGGUAUAUAUGACUAGAAAGGCUUGUCAGUGUGGAGGAUGCAAGGGAAAUACAUGUUUGUUAUUGAUAUUAGAAAAUUUCAUGGCUGGAUGAAGUAUAUAUUGG